ACACAAUUAUUUUAGCUCGUGGAAAAGUCGGACGCAUUGCAGCGCGUCUCUGCGCGAGAAUAUUCUAAGCCUUAAAAGAGCUCUAAAUAAUUAUUUUAACUGAAAAAAUAUUAAAUAAGGAGCAAACUAACGCAUAGAUACAGAAAAAGUAUUGAUUUUCGUCCAAGAUGGCGGACGACGAGCAAUUCAGUUUGUGCUGGAACAAUUUCAACACAAAUCUGUCGGCUGGGUUCCACGAGUCGCUAUGUCGCGGCGAUUUGGUGGACGUUUCCCUUGCGGCGGAGGGGCAAAUCGUGAAGGCCCACCGGUUGGUUCUAUCGGUGUGCUCGCCCUUCUUCCGCAAAAUGUUCACCCAAAUGCCCUCAAACACCCACGCCAUUGUAUUUUUGAACAACGUCAGCCACUCGGCUCUGAAGGACCUGAUCCAGUUUAUGUAUUGCGGGGAGGUGAACGUAAAGCAGGACGCCCUGCCCGCGUUUAUCAGCACCGCGGAAUCGCUGCAAAUCAAGGGGCUAACGGAUAAUGACCCUGCGCCGCAGCCACCGCAUGAGCCCAGCCCCCCGCCAGCAGCACCCCAUGUACAACAGCAGCAAGUGGCUACCCAGCGCGUCCAGCGCCAGCAGCCGCGUCCUGCCGCCCGCUACAAGAUUGAGACCGUGGACGAGGGAUUGGGCGACGACAAGGGCACCACCCAGAUAGUCAUCCAGACCACGUCAGCACCCCAAGCCACCAUUGUACAACAGCAACCGCAGCAGCAGCAGCAAACGACCCAAAUCCAGACUCAGCAGCUGCAGACAGGAUCCACGACGACGGCCACCCUGGUGACGACAAACAAACGAUCCGCCCAGCGCUCCAAUCUGGCCCAGAGCAGUAGCGCCGGUGUCAAGCGUACGAAAACGGUAAUGGACCCACUGGAAUCUGAAACUGGAACUACGGCGACCACCACGACGCAGCAGAUAGUGCCGCAGCAAAUCACCGUUCAGACCACUGUUGUAUCGGCGGCGGAAAAGCUACCUCAAUCGCAGGUACGCCAGCAGCAACAGCAGGAGGAAGCUGAAUACAUUGAUCUCCCCAUGGAAAUACCCACGAAAUCUGAACCGGACUACACUGAGGACCACGGUGAUGGUGCUGGCGAUGCGGAAGGCCCAUACGUUGAAGACGAUACCUACGGCGACAUGCGCUAUGACGACAGCUACUUCACCGAAAACGAGGAUGCGGGCAACCAGGCGGCGAACACCAGUGGCGGUGCCGUCUCUGCCACCACAUCCAAGGCUGUAGUCAAACAGCAGAGCUACAGUGACUCGUCGUUCGUCGAGGGUGGCGCGGAUCAGAGCACGACAGAGGCUCAAGUGGAGAUCAAAAUGGAGCCGCCUCCAGCAGAUGAUAAAGUGGCGAUGUCUGCGGUAACUUCUCUUAGUGAUGAUGAAUCCUUUAGAAAACCAUAUACCUUGCCAAAGAUUCUUGACGGUAAGUUCUACAAGGACAUUCAGCCGAACCUAAAGACUCCAGGCGCCAUCCAGGCCAUUUGCACAAGUUGCUGCGUUCUGAUUUCGGGAACGACCAAGUCCACUGGAAACUUCCUCAGCCAUAUCAAGAGACGUCACAAGGAACUGCUGCCUUUGUGCCAACUUUACUGCCAGGCCAAGUCCAAUGGCUCUGUGGCUGCCACAAAGAAUCCCGUACCUGUCUCAACUUCGCUGACGGCGGCGUCUGUGACAGAUCCAGUCCAGGAAACCGUCGCUACGGUGGCUCCUGUGGUCACAUACCCAACCGCCCCUGCGACUCAUUUGGCCAUGCCCAUGACUGUGCCCGUUCCGGUCCCGUUUCGCACAAUGUCCCUGGCGAUGCCAUUAUCCCUGCCCAACGUACAAACACCGCAGAUGAUGGCAUUAAUGCAGCAGUACCAGACCCACGACUCGAUGUUCAUUAAAAAGGACUAGCUUCUAGAGGACCUA